CCGUAAAGCCUUAUGGGUAGGUCACCAACGUCCUUGUCCUACCGAGCGCACACUGACUGCCUUCACGCCAGGGCUCGAGGAUCUCUGUCAUUCACCUGUAUUUUGAAUUAAAUCUAAAUUUUCAGACAUGAUGGCAGCCAGAUUUCUCCGCCGCGCUCUCCCCGCGCUGAGGCAGACUCGCUGCUACGCCGAGGCGGCCGCCGGCGGCCCGCAGAUGUCCUUCACAUUCGCCUCCCCGACGCAGGUGUUUUUCAAAGAGGCCAGCGUGAAGCAGGUCGACGUGCCCACGCUGACCGGUGCGUUCGGUAUCCUUCCUGCCCACGUACCGACCCUGCAGGUGCUCCGGCCCGGCGUCGUCACCGUCUUCAGUGAUGACGGCUCCGCGGCCAAAUACUUUGUGAGCAGUGGGUCAGUAACGGUCAACGCUGAUUCUUCAGUGCAACUGCUGGCCGAGGAGGCUGUUCCUUUGGACCAGCUGGACAUUGCUUCUGCCAGGGCCAACCUGGAGAAGGCCCAGUCUGACUUGGCCAGCACAUCUGACGAGGCAGCAAGGGCGGAAGUUCAGAUCAGCAUAGAAGCCAACGAAGCCAUCGUCAAGGCUCUGGAGUAGACCUGUGGUACGACAUCUGAGCUGCCGCUUCGUGAUCUGAUUUUUAGAGAGAACGUCCUGUUUAAUUAGUUUGAUCCAACAGGACAGUGACGCAGAACUACUUUACAGUUGUUAUUCGAAGACAGAAAUUGCAAGACGUCACACAAUCACGUUCAUUGAAUGUAUUGUGUUCUGAGUCACUGCGUUUUCUUUUCUCUCUUUUUAGGUAACCUUUUCUGUUUCUUUGAUGGAAAUCAAUGGUCUAUCUGUUUUUCCAGCUCAGUCACGUCAGUGUCCAGAAGAUUCCAUGCUUGCUUUGUACAGUGGAUGAAUUACAAAAUAAAUUUAUUUGGAAUUA